CAUGAAUGAGGGUCCUGCAGGAGAGACUCCAUUUCUAAGCUGACUUUUGAUCUGGGAAACUUGUCGGACCUUGCUCCCCAACAAAACAAGCCUGAGGACUCGGAUGUGAGUUAGUUACAAAAGGGAUUAACAUUAAAACAAUGACAUAUGUAGGGCUGCAUAUUUUUUCUGACAUCCCUGCACUGCUCAAGUGUAGAGUGAAUGUGAGAGGGACAGCAGCAGCAACAGCAAGUGUCAUCUGGUCUUCCAACUUGGGCAGGGCUUUGGAGUUUAAAAUGGUGUGAAUAUGAUAGCCAUAGCCAUCGGUAUAGCGCAUGCAAGUGGGGAUCUGUCCGCACCAUUGAAAGUUGACAGUUCAGAGGCUCUAAUCUGAAAAAGGACGCUGUAAAUCAACGACAGGAGACGGAUUCAGGACAACAGCAAAUCAAACAGGGGGGACUUUUCUUGUCUUGGACGGCUGCAUGAGAAAGGAGUUGGGAGGACGCACAGACAAAAGGGCAAGAGGAAGGCACCGAGGGGGUGAGUGACGGUUUUACCCUCCUAGGGGUAAAAAAGAUGACCGUGGUGUCCCAAGAGAACCACGAUGAGACAGUGGUCAUUACUCCUUUGUUGCAAGAAGCUAUUGACCUGGAACCAGCGGACCAGGAGUGCAGCGAGAGGGUGGUCGUCAACAUAUCGGGGCUGCGUUUUGAGACGCAAUUAAAGACCCUUUCCAGGUUCCCGACUACGCUUUUGGGGGAUCCGCGUAAAAGGAUUCGCUUCUUUGACCCGCUGAGAAAUGAAUACUUCUUUGACAGGAACAGGCCGAGCUUUGACGCCAUCCUCUAUUAUUACCAGUCGGGAGGGCGGCUACGGCGGCCCGUUAGUGUUCCUGUGGAUAUUUUCCUGGAGGAAAUCAAAUUUUACGAACUUGAGGAAGGGGUCAUUGAACUGUUCCGAGAUGACGAGGGCCUGACGAAGGAAGACGACCGCCCGCUGCCCAAUAACGAGUUUCAGCGCCAGUUUUGGCUCCUGUUCGAGUAUCCUGAGAGCUCAGGACCAGCACGGAUAAUAGCCAUUGUCUCUGUCAUGGUCAUCUUAAUAUCAAUUAUCAUAUUCUGUUUGGAGACCUUACCAGAGUUUAGAGACGUCCCUGCAGUACAAGACAAUCCCGCCAAUGCGAGUGCGCACGGCAAAGAGCCCAGUCCGUUCACAGACCCGUUUUUCAUGGUGGAGACACUUUGCAUUGUGUGGUUCUCUUUUGAAUUCACCAUGAGGUUUCUCUCAUGUCCCAGUAAAGCAGCUUUCUUUAAAAACAUCAUGAACCUGAUCGAUGUUGUGGCCAUAGCUCCCUAUUUUAUCACCCUGGGCCUCGAUCUGGCGGAGCAUCAGGGCAGCAGUCAGCAAGCGGCGUCUUUGGCCAUCCUGAGGGUCAUCCGCCUGGUCCGAGUUUUCAGGAUAUUUAAACUUUCCAGACACUCCAAGGGUCUCCAGAUUCUCGGCCAAACACUUCACGCGAGCCUCAGGGAGUUGGGACUGUUAAUAUUCUUCCUGAUUAUUGGAGUCGUUUUAUUCUCCAGUUCAGUUUAUUUCGCGGAAGCAGAUGACCCCGAGUCUGGAUUUUCAAGUAUUCCUGAUGCGUUUUGGUGGGCUGUGGUGACGAUGACCACUGUUGGAUAUGGAGACAUGUGUCCCUCCACCAUAGGAGGCAAAUUCGUUGGAUCUUUGUGCGCUAUUGCCGGAGUGCUUACCAUAGCGCUACCUGUCCCUGUUAUUGUUUCAAAUUUCAAUUAUUUCUACCACAGAGAGAAUGAGCAGGAUGAAAAUGUACAGUACGUGCACGUGACCUGCGGACAGCCACAGGAGCAGGUGCAGCAGCAGCUUCAGAUCACCUUUGGUGAGCGUGGUUCAAACCAAAGUAGCCAGUCGCUCUCCAAAACUGAGUCGUACCAGGGAAGCGACGACUUGGAAACUUUGACAAAUCCAAACGUAAACCAAGCGGAAAAAUACACAGGGAAACUAACUGAUGUAUAAAUGCAGCCAUUUGGAUACUUUGUGGACAUACAAGUCAGGCUC